ACGCCGCUUCACUGGUGCGAGCUGCGGCGCGAGGCGGACCACCAGGUCGAGCUGGGCGCAGAUAUCGAGGUGAUGGUGGCGCUGCGACCGUCCGAUUCGGCUCGCUCCGGCGGGCUGCCGCCCGCCAUGCCUCCGCACCCGCACUUGCCGCCGCUCUCGCCGGAUGGUUACACCGACGUGAACGCCGACGUCAUCUUCCCGUUGAUCGUCUUCCUCUUCAUCUUUGUCGCGGUGGCGUACGGGACGGCGCGGUCGGUCAUCCCGAGCGUGCUGCCGGGGAACGGGAUGGUGGAGCUGCAGGAGGAGGGCGAGCCGGGCGGCGGGCCGAUGGAGCCGGCGGCGGAGAUCUCCAGCAAAGACCUCGACGACCUGAAGGCGCAGAGAGCAGCGGCGCCCUCGCCUCACCGAUCGCAGCAGCGCGGGAGGCUCGCGCUCGAAAUGUGAGGCAGGCAGGCAGCGGGAGCGAGUGGAUUUUGAGCGAGAGUAACUAAGCUCAGCCGUAAGCGUCCCUCGG